AUGAAGCAAAAGUCUUCUGAGUUGCCAAAUGACUUGGUUGGUGAAAAUUUUAACAGGAAUAUUGAGCAGAUGUGGGAACUUUUAGGGGAUGAUCAAGUCUUCAUAAUUGGCAUACAUGGAAUGGCAGGAGUGGGAAAAACAGCCCUAGUAACUUAUAUUGAGAACGAUAUAACUAGAAAGGGCAGUUUUAAACAUGCCGUUGUUACUGUUUCCCAAGUUUUUAGCAUUUUUAAAUUGCAAAAUGACAUUGCAAAUAGAAUAGGCAUGACACCUGAUGAAGAUGAUGAGAGAAUGAGAGCUAUAAAGUUGUCCUUAGUGUUGGAAAGAAAAGAAAAAACAGUGCUUAUUUUGGAUGAUGUUUGGAAGAAUAUUGAUCUACAGAAGGUGGGAGUUCCUCUUAGAGUGAAUGGCAUUAAAUUGAUUCUGACAAGUCGUUUGGAACAUGCAACACCUGCAAAACUUCCUCAUGAAGUAGAAAAGAUUGCAAGAUCAAUUGUUAAGGAAUGUGAUGGCUUACCUCUUGGAAUCAGUGUGAUGGCUAGCACCAUGAAAGGGGUAAAUGACAUCCGUUGGUGGAGACAUGCAUUGAAUAAACUUCAAAAAUCAGAAAUGGAAGUAAAGCUCUUCAACUUGUUAAAACUUAGUCACGAUAAUUUAACUGACAACAUGCAGAAUUUUUUCUUAUCCUGUGCGUUAUACCAUCAAAUUGGGAGAAAAACAUUGGUUUUGAAGUUCUUUGAUGAGGGACUGAUUAAUGAUACAGCAAGUUUGGAGAGAGUAUUGGAUGAGGGACUUACCAUAGUUGAUAAACUCAAAAGCCAUUCUUUGUUGUUGGAAAGUGAUUAUCUCCAUAUGCAUGGUUUAGUGCAGAAAAUGGUAUGCCACAUAUUGAACCAGAGUUACAUGGUGAAUUGUAAUGAAGGAUUGACAAAGGCACCUGACAUGCAGGAGUGGACAGCUGAUUUAAAAAAAGGUUUCCUUGAUGCAGAACAAUAUAAAGAAAAUCCCGAAUGGCACGUCACCAAAGUGUCCAAACUUGUCCACUUUGAUUUUUAG